AUCGAGUAGUGACCUCAUCGGGCGUGGUCCGUGCGGCUUCUCAUCCAAGCACACUCAUUCGUCUGCCGACCAAACAUCCCCAUACCACUAGCCAUAGCGCGUUUCUAUCCCAACCCGAAGUGGUCCUACACAUUUGCUAAAAAAACAUGGAUUUCCGACAUGCCUCGCGUAUGGGCGAUGCAGAUGAAUCUAUACUAUCCGAGCCGUACCGGCCGUUCUACAAGGUCUUUGGAGGCCAGCCCAUCUUGGUAAAACAAAACAAUGACUACGACCGAGUGGCAUUUAGAGAGAGACCGUGGUUUGGUGUGCUGUUGUUCGAUAACGUGUCUUCGGAUGCAAGGGAUCAUGCUGCGAAUGAACGAACGUUCCUGUCUUGGUUGAAGCUUAGUGUGUACAUGGCCAUCGUGUCUGUCGCUAUCGUCCUCUCAUUCCAUCUCAAGUUGGAACCUACUCCACUUGAAAAGCGUUUCGCAUUACCCUUGGGAAUCGUAUUUUGGCUUCUUUCCAUCGCAUGCAUGUUGUCUGGGUUGUCGAAUUACAUCAAUACAGUCUCACGGUACAGCACGCGGCGGGCAUUGGUGCAGACAGGCUGGAAGACGCAGGUCGUGUUCACAGUGGUAUCAAGUGCUAUCGUGGCGACGUGCAUAUUGUUUCUCUCUACCAAUGCAGAGAAGUAG